AUGGACUUUGGAGACGAUCAAGAUUUCGUCACUUUUGACAUUGGGUCUGUUGGUGAUUUCGAUGACUUUGAUUUUUCUACUCCAGAAAACCCUCCUGUUAAUCAAUCAAAUUCUCAAAUAGGUAUGAAGUCUGUUUCACCAAUGUUAUCUCCUACAGUUAUCACUUCUGUAGAACAAAACGAAAGUGUGUCAAGUCAACAAUUAAGAAACGCUGCUGUUGAAGGAAAUAUUAGUGAAGAAAUCGAACCACCUUUAUUAGAGGAAUUAGGAAUUGAUUUUUCCUUAAUAACAAAAAGAAUUAUUUCAAGAUUAAAUCCAUUUGGUUCAAUAGAAGCAAUAGAAAGUGAUGUAAUUGGUUCUUUAUUCUUUGGGUUAUUACUUGGUAUAUCUAUAUUGUUAACAGGAAAAUUUAGAUUUGGAUAUGUUUUUGGAUUUACUAUUAUUGGUUCCUUAGCGGAGUAUUUUAUAUUAAACCUAUUAUCAAAUAAAGACAUAGAUUAUUUUGUUGUUUUAACUAAUCUUGGAUAUUCAUCAUAUCCACUUGUUCUUCUUGGUAUUGCUUCACUUUUUGUUUCAAAUAUAACAAUUCUUAUUAUUAUCGCAAUUUUCGCUAUUAUCUGGUGUACAUAUGCCAGUAGUCGUUUAUUUACUACUUUGCAAGAAAUUGUUGAUAAGAAGAUUCUUGUUGCUUAUCCAAUGGCAUUGUAUUUUAUCCUUUUUGUAUUAUUAGUAAUGUGCUAA